GUUGCGUGUUAUUUAUUAAAGAUUUUAUAAAAAAAUCAUUAAAAUGACUGAAGACAAUGAUUCUUCUAGCAACGGAGAAUCUGGGGAUGAGAGCCAAGAAGAAGAGCAGGAACUUGUAGAAGAAGAAGAGCAGGAACAACAACCGCAAGAAAUUGUUGAAACCGAAGAAACUGUAACUUUUAAAGACUUGGGCGUAGUCGACGUAUUAUGCGAAGCAUGUCAGGAAUUAAAAUGGAAGAACCCGUCAAAAAUCCAGAAAGAGGCAGUACCCUUAGCACUGCAGGGCAAAGACAUCAUAGGUCUUGCAGAGACGGGAUCUGGCAAAACUGGUGCCUUUGCACUGCCUAUCCUGCAGGCGCUGCUCGAAAACCCACAGAGAUACUUUGCCCUUGUACUUACACCUACUAGAGAGUUGGCAUUCCAAAUUUCAGAACAGUUUGAAGCACUUGGAGCCAGUAUAGGAGUAAAAUGUGCAGUAAUAGUGGGAGGCAUGGACAUGGUGGCGCAGGCCCUCACUCUCUCUAAAAAACCGCACAUCAUCAUCGCCACGCCCGGCCGACUUGUUGACCAUCUGGAAAAUACUAAAGGAUUCAACCUGAAGGCAUUGAAAUAUCUGGUCAUGGACGAAGCAGACCGCAUCCUCAACAUGGACUUCGAAGUGGAAGUGGACAAGAUCCUCCGCGUGAUCCCCCGGGAGCGCCGCACGUACCUUUUCUCCGCCACCAUGACCAAGAAGGUGCAAAAGCUGCAGCGAGCGUCUCUUCAGAACCCGGUGAAGGUGGAGGUGUCCACUAAGUACCAGACGGUGGAUAAGCUACAGCAGUACUAUGUGUUCAUCCCCGUGAAAUAUAAGGACGUGUACCUUGUACACAUUCUAAACGAGCUCUCCGGCAACUCGUUCAUCGUGUUCGUGGCGACGUGCGCCGGCGCGCUGCGGGCCGCGCUACUACUGCGCAACCUAGGCCUCGCCGCUGUACCGCUGCACGGGCAGAUGUCACAGAACAAACGACUGGCGGCCUUGAACAAGUUCAAGAAUAAGAGCAGAUCGAUUUUGAUCUGUACUGAUGUCGCUUCCAGAGGUCUGGACAUCCCUCAUGUGGACGUAGUCAUCAACCUGGACAUUCCGCUGCACAGCAAGGACUACAUCCACCGCGUGGGCCGCACGGCCCGCGCCGGCCGGGCCGGUAAGGCCGUCACCUUUGUCUCACAGUACGACGUGGAACUGUACCAGCGCAUAGAGCAGCUGAUCGGCAAGCAGAUGCCGCUCUAUCCGACUGAGGAGAGCGAGGUGAUGGUGUUGCAGGAGCGGGUGGCCGAGGCGCAGAGGCUCACCAAAAUUGAAAUGAAAGAGUUAGAAGACAAGCGGAACACGAAGGGGCGCAAGCGCGGCGCGGAUGAUGAUGAUGAUGAUACGGAGAAUGCGGCCGGCGUGCGGCGCCGGAUCAAGGGGAAGGGGAAGGGGGGGAGUAAUCAUGGGGGGAACAAGAAGAAACGAUGAAUAUACGGUUAAAUAUUA